UUGGGCAUGCCUCUGUUGAUAAGAGCUCUGCUUGCUCUCAACUUUCCUCAUUUCACAACAGUGUGUACUCCUUCUGCUGUAACGUGCUCUGCUUGCCAAAGUUGGACAGCUCCGUCCUCAGAGACUGUUUUCAGUGGGUCGUCGUUUGCAUGGUAGAGUUAAGAAAGGCAGUUCCUGCCUGGCAGACAGUCUGUUUGGGUUGCCCUCUUCCUCCUCCACUACUACUUCUUUCCUCUCUCUGUUAUCUCCUCUUCAUUUCCUUGGGUGUAACUGCUUGUCUUUUUCAAAGAUGCUUUGUUGGCGGACCUUGAGUCCACAACAUCCCACAUUUCCAAGUGCCCACUCUUCCUGUCUGACGAUACUGCCUAUUCCAUCCCUGUUGGGGGUCAGACCCAGCAAGACAUCUGCUCUCCACCUCAAGUCCCACCCACUCCCUUCGAGCAAACCCUCAAUGGAUUAGAUGAAACAGAGUCCUUCAGUUCAGCUCAGAGAAGUCCUUGGUCUAGAGAUAGCAGCAGUCCGACCCAGCCCGCUGGUGAAGAGGACCACGUAUACAGUUUCCCUAAUAAGCAGAAGAGUAGUGACUCAUCCACUGUUGCCAUGAACUCAUCUCUGGGCAGCAACCUGUCUGAGCUGGACCGCCUGCUGUUGGAGCUCAACGCUGUCCAGCAAAGCACCCCUGCCUUCCCCACAGAAGAAGAAGCAGCUCCACCACUGCCUGCCAGUAGUAUCAUCCACCAUAUCCACGAGAAUGGAGUCUCUACGGCUGGCAAGGCCGCACCACCUGUAAUGGAGAAGCCCAAGCGCAGUGCAACAGCUCGGGGAAUAGAGGAUGUACGACCAAGUGUGGAGAGCCUUCUAGAUGAGCUGGAAAGUUCUGUGCCCUCACCUAUUCCCACGCCUUUGGUGGUGUCAGAUGAACAAACAGAUGGACAAGAGGAAACACCAGCACAGCAGCAAGCCAGAAUGUCUGCCUCCUCUGCCACAAGAGAGCUGGAUGAGCUCAUGGCCUCUCUGUCUGACUUCAAAGUACAAAGCAAUUCUGGUUCUCAGUUGUCUGUAAAUCAGGAGCCAGUGGACACCUCACUGGUUGCUGGUACACCAGUUGUCCAAGCAGUACCCACCCCAUCUAUAAAUCCUCAUGCUGGAUCAAUGGAUACUCUUCUGCUUUCUAGUUACACUACUCCCUCUUCUACCCCUCUUCCACUAGAACUCCAUAUAGAUGAAGAUGGUAGUUCAGCCCACACAGCUUCAGCUGGUUCCACUGUAGUAACUGCAUCAUCCAAGUACUCCCAUAUUCAACAGAAAGAUGAUGGUGUCAGUGUCAUUUCUGUGAGCUCUCAUGUGGAGAGCCUCAGUGUCUCCAGUACCCAAAAGCCUCUUAGUCAACUUGAAGCCCACAACUCUACACAGAUGUCAACUACUAAAGCUGUUGCUAGUAAAGUCCCUAGUCCAGUGGUCAUUUCCAAGAGCCCUAGUCCUGUUGCUGUGUCUAAAAACCCCAGUCCCAUUCCUAAAGCCAAGAGUCCUUGUCCGCCUGAUCUUAAAUGCUCCAAUCUAAGUCAGUCUUACAAGAGCCCAAGUCCAAUUCCCAGUAGCCAUAGUCCAGAAGAAGCUGCAAAGGAUCAAGGUCCAGUUACAUUGCCAACAACUCCUGGGGCAGUGCCAAAGACUGCAAGUCCAGUCACAGUUCCAAGACUUUCAAGUCCAGUACCAAAAAGUGCGAGUCCUGUGACAGUCCCUAAUAUCUCUAGUCCCAUAACCAUCUCAAAGAGGGCUAGUCCUGAAACCGUUCCCAAGAGUGUGAGCCCAGUGUCAGUCCCAAGACUUUCAAGUCCUGUGACAAUCCCUAAUGUCUCUAGUUCACCAACUGUACCCAAGAGUUCUAGUCCUGACACAAUCCCAAAGAAUACUUGCCCAAUAAUACUGCCAAGACUUUCUAGUCCAGUAACAGUUCCAAGGAGUGAAACUCCUAAGAGUCCUGCUCCAGUCAUUAGAAAAACAUACACAGUUCCAGGCACCAGCAGUCCCAGAGCUUCACCAGUUUCACCUGUGGUUGCACCAUCAAAUAGUUUAUCUCCCCCACCCACAGAAAAGCAGGCAGCUGAAACACUGGAUUUAACAUGGCCAUGCCGGGAGCCUUUACUGGAUGAUGCUUUAGACAAACUCUUAGCCCCUGACUACCCGCAGUUGAGUGAGAACCAACCACUUGCUUCCGUUAUGCCUGGAGAUGAAGACAGAUGUUGGGAGGAGGAAGACGGAAUUUACCCUGAUCUGAGCCGAGAGGGAACCCUAACACCCAUGACUGAGUCCAGCUGGAUGGAUGAGUGUUUCACGCCCUCUACCUGCCCCGGGACACCAGAUGCAGCGCUGGACCUGCCCAUACAGCAGCCCUCUGCUGUAGAGCGGCUAUCUGCUUCUGGCCAACUCAAGUCAGUUAUCCGCCGCACCAAAGAGACCCCCAACGUGCAUCCAAUGUACAGGGAGGGCCUUUUGCGAC